AUGCAAAGCCCGAAACCACCACCGGCACCACUAUCCCCCUCCUCCACCACCACUACUACCACCACUUUCUACGGCCUGUUAGCCACAUCCAUUUUCUCUCUGCUUUUCAUGCUCUCUCUCUCCAUCUCCCACUCUCCCUCCCCUCCACCCCCAUCUCCUGACCCCUCUCUUUUCCCCACCACCCACCCCCCCAACCACCGCCUCCUCAUACUCAAUCGCCACCAAAGCCACCCUAACGAUCAAUCACCUCCCAUCCCACCCUCCAUUGCCUACCUUAUCUCCGGAUCAAUCAACGACUCGCGUCGGAUCUUAAGGCUUCUCUUCGCCGUCUACCACCCCAAAAACCAAUACCUCCUCCACCUUGACCUUAAUGCUCCACAGAGUGAACGUGACUUUCUGGCUAUAACUGUCCAAUCUGUCCCCGUUUUCAAAGCUGCCCAGAACGUCAAUGUUAUUGGCAAGGCCGAUUUCGCAUACUCGGCAGGCUCUUCUUCAAUUUCGGCUACUUUGCAUGGUGCUUCGGUUCUUUUGAGGAUUUCGGCCAAUUGGGAUUGGUUCAUUAAUCUCUCUGCUGCGGAUUACCCACUUGUUACUCAAGAUGGUAUAAUCGCAACUCGGAGGUUGAAACCGAUAAUUGUUGAUCCUGGACUUUAUCUUGCGGAGAAAAAUGAGAUGUUUUAUGCAACUCAAAAAAGGGAGUUGCCUGAUGCUUACAGCAUGUUGACGUCAAAAGAAAGAAUAAGAUUGAUGAUGAUGGAUAGAAUUGGCGUAUUGCUAAUUGGGAAUUUCCUAAGCUUAUGGAAAGCUGUCUCUCAGGUUCUGUUUUGUUUUUCAGGUUCAUCAUCUGCUAUUUUGAGUCGCAAGUUUAUUGAUCACUGCAUCUUAGGUACAGAAAACCUACCAAGGAGUCUACUGAUGUACUUAUCAAACACGCCUUCAUCCCAAAACGUAUACUUCCCUACUAUUCUGUGUAAUUCUCGGCAGUUCCAUAGAACAAUCAUAAACCACAGCUUGCACUAUGCUUCCUUUGAUACCAGACAGACGCCUCACCCACUAAAUUCCAGUUACUUCAAUGACCUUGUCUGGAGUGGAGCGGUGUUUGCUUUGCCAUUUCUUCCUGAUGAUCCGAUUCUUGAUCGCAUUGACCAAGAAAUUCUGCGCCGCAGUCCUGGCAAACCAGUGCCUGGUGGCUGGUGUUUAGGUGAGUCUGAAAAUGACACAUGUACUGUUUGGGGAGAUGCUGAUGUCUUGAGACCUGGUGCUGGAGUAAGUAGGCUUGAGAAACGCAUUAUUGAACUACUCUCAAAUGGAACAUUCCAGUCUCAUAAAUGUGCAGUUGAAUGA